AUGCAUCCCUCUCCGCGGAGACCGGCCGCUGCCACCUCCAACCCUGCCAUGCUACUGCUGCUCCUGUGCCUGGGCUGGGCGCCGCCGGGCUGGGGCUGGCCGCGGGGCAGCUCCCGGGGGGCGGCCGGGCUGCCCCCCAACGCCACCACGCCGAUCUCCAUCAUGGGCUUGAUGCCGCUCAGCCAGUCCGAGGAGGACCAGAAGAGCAGGAUCGGCCGGGGAGUGCUGCCCGCCGUGCAGCUGGCCAUGGAUCAGAUCCGCAACGAGUCCCUGCUCAACCCCUAUUUCCUGGACCUGCGGCUCUACGACACGGAGUGUGACAAUGCAAAAGGACUCAAAGCCUUCUAUGAUGCAAUAAAAUAUGGACCUAAUCAUCUGAUGGUAUUUGGUGGUGUAUGUGCAACAGUUACUUCUAUCAUUGCUGAAUCUCUAAAGGGAUGGAAUUUGGUUCAGCUUUCAUUUGCAGCAACAACUCCAGAGUUGGCUGAUAAGAAAAAAUAUCCUUAUUUCUUCCGGACAGUGCCAUCUGAUAAUGCAGUGAAUCCAGCAAUUUUGAAGUUACUCAAACAUUAUCAUUGGAAGAGAGUAGGAACUUUAACCCAGGAUGUACAAAGGUUCUCUGAGGUGAGGAACGAUCUGACUGGAGUCCUUUAUGGCGAAGACAUCGAGAUUUCAGAUACUGAGAGUUUUUCCAAUGAUCCCUGCACAAGUGUAAAGAAGCUUAAGGGCAAUGACGUUCGGAUAAUCCUUGGCCAGUUUGAUGAGGAAAUGGCUGUGAAAGUUUUCUGCUGUGCUUAUGAUGAAGAAAUGUAUGGCAGCAAAUAUCAAUGGAUUAUUCCAGGGUGGUAUGAAAAUCUUUGGUGGGAAUCCUGGAUUAAUUCCACACAGUGUCUCAGCAAAAAUCUUCUUGCAGCCAUGGAAGGUUAUAUUGGAGUGGAUUUUGAGCCUCUCAGCUCGAAAACGAAUAAGACUAUAUCAGGAAGGACUCCACAGCAGUAUGAAAAGGAAUACAAUGCUAAACGUGGUGAUGGACAAUCCAGCAAAUUUCAUGGUUAUGCCUAUGAUGGAAUAUGGGUGAUUGCCAGGACCCUACAGCGGGCAAUGAAUUAUCUGAAUUCCACCAACAAGCACCAAAAAAUUGAAGAUUUUAACUACACAAAUCACAAACUAGGCAAAAUUUUUCUGAAUGCUAUGAAUGAAACCAGGUUCUUUGGAGUAACGGGUGAAGUUGUUUUCAGAAAUGGAGAGAGGAUGGGAACCAUCAAAUUUACACAAUUCCAAGAACAAAAGGAAGUAAAGGUGGGAGAAUACAAUGCUGUGGAUGACAAAUUGGUAAUAAUCAACAACAGCAUCAGGUUCCAAGGACUUGAGCCUCCAAAGGACAAAACAAUUAUACAAGAGGAGCUGCGCAAAAUCUCCCUGCCUCUCUACAGCAUCCUGUCUGCCCUCACAAUCCUAGGAAUGAUAAUGGCCAGUGCUUUCUUGUUCUUUAAUAUCAAAAACAGAAAUCAGAAACUAAUAAAGAUGUCCAGCCCCUACAUGAACAACCUUAUUAUCCUUGGAGGGAUGCUUUCUUAUGCAUCUAUUUUUCUUUUUGGUCUUGAUGGAUCCUUUGUCUCCGAAAAGACAUUUGAGACACUUUGCACAGUCCGAACAUGGAUUCUUACAGUGGGAUACACAACUGCAUUUGGAGCAAUGUUUGCAAAAACGUGGAGAGUCCAUGCAAUUUUCAAAAAUGUAAAAAUGAAGAAGAAGAUCAUUAAAGACCAGAAGCUACUGGGGAUAGUUGGAGGGAUGCUACUGAUUGAUCUUUGCAUCCUGAUUUGCUGGCAGGUUGUGGAUCCUUUGAGGAGGACAGUGGAAAAGUAUAACAUGGAGCCGGACCCUGCGGGCAGAGAUAUCUCCAUCCGACCAAUCUUGGAGCACUGCGAAAACACCCACAUGACCAUCUGGCUUGGGAUUGUCUAUGCUUACAAAGGGCUGCUGAUGUUAUUUGGGUGUUUCCUCGCCUGGGAGACACGGAAUGUCAGCAUUCCUGCUUUGAAUGACAGCAAGUACAUCGGAAUGAGUGUAUACAACGUGGGGAUAAUGUGCAUUAUCGGUGCUGCUGUCUCAUUCCUUACUCGGGACCAGCCCAAUGUUCAGUUCUGCAUCGUUGCUUUAGUCAUAAUAUUCUGCAGCACCAUUACUCUCUGCCUUGUGUUUGUACCUAAGCUCAUCACACUGCGAACAAAUCCAGAUGCAGCCACACAGAACAGACGGUUUCAGUUCACUCAAAAUCAAAAGAAAGAAGAUUCAAAAACAUCAACAUCAGUCACCAGCGUCAAUCAGGCCAGCACAUCUCGACUAGAAGGAUUGCAGUCAGAGAACCACCGCUUGAGAAUGAAGAUUACAGAGCUGGACAAAGACUUGGAAGAGGUCACAAUGCAACUUCAGGACACUCCUGAGAAAACAACGUACAUUAAGCAGAACCACUAUCAGGACCUCAAUGACAUUCUUAGUAUACGGAACUUCACAGACAGCAAAGAUGGUGAGAAAGCCAUUCUGAAAAAUCAUCUUGAUCAAAAUCCACCAGCACAGUGGGGCUCAUCAGACCCUUCCAGAACAAGCAAAGAUCCCAUAGAAGACAUCAACUCUCCAGAACACAUACAGCGCCGGCUGUCCUUGCAGCUGCCCAUCCUUCAUCACGCCUACCUGCCGUCCAUAGGAGGAGUUGAUGCCAGCUGUGCCAGCCCGUGUGUAAGCCCCAGUGCCAGCCCUCGGCACAGACACGUGCCACCCUCCUUCCGAGUGAUGGUUUCAGGGCUGUAGGAGGGAGAGAUCAGUGCUUCCUGAACUGCUUUUAAGUACUCAAUGACUGGACUAAACAUCUGACCUAGAACUCUGCUACAAACAUGUAACAUUGGCUCUUACUGCAGAGGAACUUCUGCUGAGGCCCUCAUCACAGGAGUGCCCACGUAACUCGUGUGAAAAAGCAAAGGAGGACACAAAGAGUUUGAUCUGUAGCCUUAUUCAUGGAGUUUUUAUUUCUUCACCUAGAAGUCACUGAAAAAUGUUUCUUCCAAAAUUUCUACUAGCAACAAGGAGGCUGGGAUAUAUGGAUCUUGCAAAAAAGACACUAGGAAAAAAAACAACAAAAAACACUCAAAUGUCACAGAGCUUUACGUGGCUGCUGAGAACAUGCAAUUCUAUACUGUAUCCGUGUAAGGAAAAUGUAGUGGUCGAGUUAUACCAUGUUGGAAUAGAUGCACUCAUUUUUACAAGAGUUGUGUUAAAUUGCUGGAAACAUUCUGCACUGGUUAGUCUUGCUUUUUUUUCAUUUCAGGGACGAUGUGUAGUAGGAAAGAUGAAUUGUGAGAAA